AUGGGCAUCAAUGCUGUUAGCGUCAUGCUAGAGGCUCUCAAUAGAGAUGCCCAACAUGCUACUAUCGCCAAGUUCAUUCAAAAUGAACUUGACGCUGAACGCGAGAAAGUAGCCUUGCUUCACCAACAAGGUUCUCAACAAGCAGAGUUGUUGAGAGAACAGGGUGCCCAACAGUUUGAACUGUUGAGACAGCAGCAGGCUGCUGCUGGUGGGUCGAUGCACUCGCGUCGACCGGAGACUUUGAAGAUUGACAUCUCCAAGUAUAGGGGGGUCGAAGAAGACUCCCUCUUGAGAUGGUUCGUCGAAUAUGACGACGCCAUAAGGGCGCGUCGCAUCAACGAUGGGAAUAUGCAAGUUGCAUUUGCCCAGUCAAAUCUGUCAGGACGUGCCAAGACUUGGGCUUUGGGGCUCAAGUUGCACGACCCAUAUGCGUUUGGGUCGUUGGAAGUCUUCAAGUCGCGGCUUAGACAAACGUUUAAACCGCCUAGAGCUGAGUUCAGAGCUCGAACUGAGCUCUCGAAGCUCAAACAGGGUAAGCGUGAUGUGCACGCUUACGCCCAACAUAUACGACAUCUCACGAGUUGUAUAAGUUCCAAUCCGGUGGAUGAACACACGUUGGUUUCGGUGUUCAUGCAGGGUCUUGCGGAUGGUCCCGUCAAGACUCACCUGUUCCGACUAGAACUAGAUUCACUAGAACAAGCCAUUUCCAUUGCGGAACAGGAAGACUUCAGUCUGAGACGGGCUCGCGCCAGCUCGACAUCAUAUCGUCAACCGAGACGAUAUGACAGCGGAGGUCCAGAGCCGAUGGAACUCUGUUAUUUAGAGAGCGAGAAGACUCGAUCUACAGACUACAAGAAGUUGCAGAAAUGCAACAGAUGUCAAAAGACAGGACACUACGCUUACGAGUGUAGUGCCCCUCGUCCAGUGUCUCGCAACACUGGGCGUAGUGACCGUCCACCCAUGAUAAAGGGGGCAGGGACGCGGGUCCGCUGUUGGUGCAAAGACGCAACAACGGGAUGGACCGUCAAAAAACGGACAGGAUCAGUAGGUGCGGAGCACCCUACUGGUCCAGCAACGUCAAGAGAAUUUGUAGGCCUCUUGAUGAAGGUUGCUCCCAACACACAAACGUUGUGCGUUGCUGCUCUAGGUAAUGAGAUCUCACUCAUUACCUUGAAACUCGAAGUGACGAAUAAGUUGUCCCUUCGAGCUCUAGUCGAUUGUGGAGCGUCCAACAAUUUUGUGCGACGCCAAUCGCUAGAAGAUGGUCACUUUAAGUUCAGUGAAUGUGACACACCUCCUACGAGGAUGACGGUACGUCUUGCGACAGGCGCAUCCGUAACCGUCAUGAAGCGUAUAGUGAAGAUCCACUAUACGCUAGAAGAUACCCAAUAUGACGAUGACUUUAUCGUAUUGGAUUUGGAUGACAAAUUUGAUGUCAUCCUUCGGAUACCGUAG